CUGGAACCUGGAAGUUACCUUCCCGCCUCUACUCGAUCGCCGCCUUUGAUAAAGGGAACCGCCCGCUUCCAUCUGCAAAUACCGUUACAUCUCCUGCGACCACCCCACUUCCGCCGGAAGAGACACACAGAAGAAAAACCCCAUGGCCCAGCAAUGCGCCGCGUCGUCGUGACGGGCCUCGGGGCCAUCACCCCGCUUGGCGUGGGCGUCCGGCCGACCUGGCGGCGCCUGCUGGCCUCCGAGUCCGGGCUGGUCAGCGUCGCCGACCGCGGUCGCGGCACCGUCGACGAGUCAAAAUGGCGGGACCUGACCAGCACCGUAGCCGGCGUGGUGCCGACCGAGGCGUCAUCGUCGUCAUCCCUUGACUCUGACGACGGCGCCACGAAUGUCUGGCGUCCCUCGGACUGGCUGCAGCCCUCGGAUCAGCGCCGCAUGUCCACUUUUGCCCAGUACGCGGUUGCGGCUGCUGAAAUGGCGCUGCGAGAUGCCGGCUGGAAGCCGACGCGAGCUGACGAGAUGGAUAUGACGGGCGUGUGUCUGGGGAGCGGCAUUGGGAAUUUGCAUGAUUUCUAUGCCACUAGUGUGGCGUUUGAACGAGAUGGCUACAAGACGGUCUCGCCGCUCUUUGUUCCAAAGAUCUUAAUCAACCUUGCCGCUGGGCAUAUAGCCAUGCGCCAUGGAUUUCGAGGCCCGAACCAUGCCGCCACCACGGCCUGUACCACCGGCGCUCAUUCCAUCGGGGAUGCUGCGCGCUUUAUCGCGUUCGGCGACGCCGACGUCAUGGUGGCCGGCGGGGCGGAAUCCUGCAUCCACCCGCUUACCUUUGCCGGGUUCGGCCGGUCCAGAUCGUUAGCCACGGCCUAUAACCAUGAUCCGCCGGCGAGUUGCCGCCCGUUUGAUGCUGACCGCGCCGGCUUCGUGGUUGCCGAGGGUGCGGCCGUGGUCGUGCUCGAGGAGUUGGAGCAUGCGAAACAGAGAGGUGCCAGGAUAUUGGCCGAGUUGAGGGGGUAUGGGUGCAGCGGUGACGCGCAUCACAUGACGGCACCAAGGGAGGACGGGUCUGGCGCCCUGUCAGCCAUGCGAAAAGCGCUGAGGAGUGCCGGCAUCAAACCCAGCGAGGUCGACUACAUCAAUGCCCACGCUACAGGCACGCAAGUGGGAGAUGUUGCCGAGGCCAUGGCGAUUAGAUCACUGAUGAUGGGCGAGGAAGGGGUUGAUGAUGAGAGCAUGGUCACGGUCAGCAGCACAAAGGGUGCUAUUGGGCACCUCCUCGGGGCGGCCGGGGCUAUCGAGGCUGUUUUUGCCAUCCUUGCCAUUACUGAAAAUGCUGUUCCCCCCACCUUGAACCUGCGCAAGCCGGAUGUGGGGGUUGGAUUCAACUUUGUGCCGCUCCAGGCCCAAGCGAAGAAGGUUAAGGUGGCCAUGUCCAACAGUUUCGGCUUCGGCGGGACCAACGCCUCGCUCGUCUUCUCUAGCCUGCAGUAGAAGCCGCUUUGGAUGCGUCGACUAGGGGCAACGAUUUACAGAUGUGAUGAUAAAGUAGGAUGUGCUAGAUGGCGAGCUAGUACCGGGAAGACCGCGCAAGGAUGCAGACCCUAUAUGUAGCACUAACCUGUAAAUAUGUACAAACACACUUACGUACAUGCAGACCGAUGGUUUUCGCGGAGGAGGCCAUUCAAGGAAAAGUCUCAUGGCAUGCCGUUUAUAUACACUACAGAAGGGUAGAUAUAUGCUUUUUUAUCUAUCAGUAGAAUCUGUAUGCAAUUAUGCCACAUAA